AUGAAAGGAAUUACGCACGUUGCCCAAUUGUCACGUUGUCAUCUCCUUCUUCUGCUACUUUUUUUUUCGGGAUGCGCCAAUGCGGAGAUCGAGAGACGCACCGCGAGGCAAAUGGUAGAAGAUGCGGAAAAUCUGGAAUCUAAUUUGAACAAAGAUUGCGGGAAGUCGUACAGUGCCACGUGCCUUAAGUUGGACGUGGUGUCCUUCCUGGAUAAAUUGUCGGAACAGGAGAAUAUCGGUAUCCUGCCGGGUGUAUCUGUGAUCAAGGAGAACAGUUCCGCCAAUGUUCCACCAUCGGAAGUAGUCGCCAAUUUGGCGAGAGAUUUCCCGAAUGAUGUUGAGAAAAGGCUGGAUGCCUUUUUGAUUCAUAAGGUCGGCAGUUACCUUAAUAGCCACUCAAUUUCUAUCAAACUUUUCGAUCCGAGGACUUUUGAAGCUGCCAGGAGCUUCAACGAAGAGACACUUGCACAACUCGGCUUAGGUGGCAACCAGAAUGUUGAAACAGGACGUAAAAAAAACCAAGGCAACGGCUUGAUGGCCGGUCUACUAAUGAUGAAGGGCACCCUCGGCAUGAUGGGAUUCGGCGCAAUUGCGCUCCUCGCAGGAAAAGCUCUGAUGACGGGUCUCUUAGCGCUCAUGUUAUCAGCUAUCAUCGGAUUGAAAUCCUUAGCGCAUCACGGCGAAAAGAAGACCACGUACGAAAUUGUUAGCAAACCGGUGUACUCCAGCUCGCACACGCACAGCUCGGAAGAGCAUCACGGACACGGAUACGGACAUUCCGGAUACGGAAGGUCCCUCGAUACUGUUCACGAUUCUCUUCAGCAGGCUGUGCUGAAGUACGGCAACGCGCAUGAUCGUAGAUCGCUUUUGCAAAAUUAA